CUCGGUCCACAUGGCCAACACAACCAAGUCCCGCCUCCAUAGUCUGGUUGGCUAUCAUAGCAUGAAGAAGUGAGGAUGGGUCCGGGAGGAAGUGGAUGCACCGCGGUAUGCCGUGUCAUCGUCUGUAUGGCUGACACCACUCGGUGCGUGCUUGGGACCUCGGUGCCCGCGCAUGGGCAGACUAACCUUCAAACCCACUACCACACAACAAAGCGGUGUGCAAAUGCCCUCUGCUACUGAUGUCCACCGCGCUCGGAGACCACCCUCCACGCCCAAACUAUCACGCCACUCUGCCCACAGCACGGGACGGACAACGGGACCAGCCCUGGCCCUCCUCGCCAUCGUGUCUUGCGCGCAAAAGUCACAAGGUGCUGCUGCUGCUGCUGCCGCGCGUGGCACUCGCUGCGCUGUUUCUGGUUUCUCUCGCCCGCUAAGCUCCCGGAGCAACCUUGCGGAUCCGGAACGAUCGAGCGACACGGCUGAGACGGCGGACGGCUUUGCGACAUUUGCAAACGUUGUCUUCUCCCUGGGAAUUUUAACCACGUGGACUUGGCUUUUGCUUGUCUUCCUCCCCCGAAGUCUUGUCGUUUUUAUUUUUUCUAUUUCCCUUGUGCGAAACACUGGUCUCAAACUGAGAACUGAGCCAUGUUUCGCGUUUUCCUUUCCGUUGACCAAUGAGGCACCGUCUUACACGUGCGAGCAAGAGAUUUCCAGGGUGGAUGAGGACAGGUGUGUGUGGGUGUGGCAAACGCUGAUAAGACAAAGCCUUGUGCGAUCGUCGAUGAAGUGAGGCCGUCGGCGCACGAAUGUCUCCCGACAGUGAGACAGUGGCGUUGACAUGAGCAAAAGGAAAGAAAAGACUCAAGAGACGGGGUUUAAAACGUGGGAUUUGAGACCUCCGCGAUUAGCUAGUGUGUGUGCGUGCGUGCGUGCGUACGUGGGUUUCGCAUGGUUUUCUUGCGAGAAGGCUUAAAUCCCGAUGUGAAGGAAUGGCGUUUUGACAGUUCUGCAAUCGCGGAUGAACAUCUCUUCCUGUUUGCCCAGGCCGCUUCUGAAGAAAUCGAUCCCGUCUCGAUCUGUGUCUCGGGGCAAUUCUUAAGAUUUGUCGCUGGGGAGGGAGUAUGUGCUUGGAUGAUGCCGUGUUUAAUGGCUGCUGUCAGUCCCGGUUUCUGCUUAGAAACUCAGACUUGGGUAUGUGAACGCAGUGCCUGCUUCCUAGUCUACUAGUUGUGC